AAAACAGCUUCUGUCCAGGAAGAGAGAAGCAUAAAGAUGAAGAAAGACAUAAUUAGUCACAAAUGUGAAUCAUUUUAGUUGCUCUUGACUCAAAGGCCACUCUCGGCCUCCUUCUCUUCCCUUGCUGUCUCUAUUGCUUGAUUUCAAAGCCAGCCCCAGAGAAGUGGAUUUUCAAUCCGUCCUGGAGAAACCUGCUGGGCCCUGUUGCCUUCCUCCUUGACCUUUGAAAGAGACAGCGUUCUGUGUGGUUUCAAUCAGGUUUUAAAUGUCAGUUGUGUUUUUUCUUUUUUUGGUGUUGGAGGGGCGUUUGGGUGGGGACUUGUUGAUUUGGGAGCCUUGAGGUUUUCAGAGGUGGUUAAUACUGCUUACAAAGCAUGCCAGAUACUUACAAUCUAAUAACCACUUGUCAUUUCUUAUCAGGAGCAUCAUCAGUGAAGCCGCUGGCUGAAAUGUCGAGUCUCUCUCUAAGGGUGGAGGUGGGGUCGGGUUUUCAUAAUGUAGAAUCUGAGGUUUUCCUUAUUUGAGGUGCUAGACUGGAAAGAAGGUUCUCCUAGACAGUGUUACCAGAAUGUAAGUUUUUGAGACUCUUGCAGGGGCGGAACUUUAUGUUGUCAUUUAAAUCUUUGGUUCCCCACUGUCUGUAAGUAGAUUCUUAGGAGAGUGGCAGGGAUUGGCCGCCAAAGGUGCCUGAAAUGGUUUUAAGUGACACAUACAAUGGCAUUAAAUAACAUGGAAGCUUGUGGUCAGAAACUGUGGCCUGUUUUUACUUUUCCUUUAGCCCUUGUGUUCACGCCAGAGAGCAUGUUGGACUGUGCCAUUGUCUUUCACACUUUUCCAGGACUUAGAAGUCUUCCUUAUUUAAGGGAGCAGGCCUUAAACUUGGUGUCUUCAGGUAGGGACAUUUAGUUAGGGUUUUGUAACAUUAUUUUGCUGAUAUUGAGUUGAUCAUUGACAUUCUAAUCAUGGCAACUGAUGUUUCAAUGUAGCAAUAUUUUAACUUUUAUUUUUAUUUCAAUUUUAUUUUAAAAAUAAUGUGUUGGUAUAUGUGGAGGAUACAGACGUUCACUUGGGAUAAUGAUAAUAUACCUAUUGAAUCUGGAUCAUUUUCACUCCCUCCUCCCCUCUCCUUCCUUUCCCUGUUCUCUUUUCCAUUUUUAGAAUUGAUUUCCCUGUUUCUUAAUGUGAUCCUACUUAUAUUUUGCUAUUUAAUUGUUUGUAUCUUUAAUGUUGGAGAAACCAUGUGGUAUUUCACCUUCAGUGUCUAAUGUAUAUGUUUUACACAGUGGUUUGAUUUAAGAAAAAUAGCACACUAAGAGUGUAAGAGAGUAGGCGGCCGUGGCUGUGGCCCCAACUGAGAAGGUGGUUGCAGGUGUAGGAAGCCUGGCCUCAGGCACUUCUUCAAAAGAAGUUGGUUCCGAAGCCCCUGGCUCUGCAGAAGAAACCUCCACACCACGUGGGAAAUCCAGGCCCACAGAGGCAAGUUUAGCUUCCCAUCUGGAUUCCAAUCAUAGUCUCAGGAAGAAAAAGCAGAUGUGGUUCCAGAAAGUUUGCUCCCUCUGCCAAGGAGAGGGAGAAAGGUACGGGGACAGAUGACCAGAACCCAGGAAUUGGAAGGGUAGCCCCAGAAGCCGGGAGCAGGUGCUAGGAAGGGUACAGAGUGGGCCCUUUGGGGUGCUGGGCUCCUGAGCAAGAGACUCAGGGCGGCCACCUCCAGGCACCUGCAUUUAGCAGUCUGAUCUACCAGCUCUGGGACCCCACCCCCCAACUCCGAGUUCACUAAUGCAGCCAGCUCUAUGGUUCUGCUUUUGCAGGUGAACAUGUUCAUUUUACAGCUUUAAAGAAAGAUGUGCAGAAAGAAUUUCCCCUGUGGAGAUUAAUGAAAAUUACCUGGAGGCGAGGGCAGGGGAAAGCAGGCUUACCACUGCUCCCUACAGAGGACCGGGAACUGCCAGGUGGUACAAGCUCUGCACUGCACCACAUAGAUCCCAGUGGACAAAAAGGCCCACUGAGUCACGGGAACCAGCUUCUUGCAAAAGGACUGUUCUUUGUGGAGGAGAAGAUCAACCUGUAUGAAGGUGAAAAUCGCAUUGAGGUUCUGGCUGAAGUCUGGGACCACUUCUUCACUGAGACUCUCCCUACCCUGCAGGCAAUAUUUUAUCCAGUUCAGGGACAGGAGCUGACCAUCCGCCAGAUCUCCCUGCUGGGCUUUCGAGACUUGGUCCUGCUAAAGGUGAAGCUGGGUGACUUGCUGCUGCUGUCACAGGCCAAGCUGCCUUCGUCCAUUGUCCAGAUGCUGCUUAUCCUGCAGAGUGUUCAUGAACCCACAGGCCCAAGUGAGAGCUAUUUGCAGCUGGAGGAGCUGGUGAAGCAAGUGGUUUCUCCUUUCCUGGGCAUCGGCGGGGACCGUGGCUUCUCAGGCUCCACACACACACUGGCCCGGAGGCACUCCAGAGUCCGGCCCAAGAUGCCACUCCUGAACUACGCCUCUCCGCUGACGACAGUUAGCCGGCCCGUGAACGAGAUGGCUCUGACCCCACUGACAGAGCAGGAGGGGGAGGCCUACCUGGAGAAGUGUGGCAGUGUCCGGCGGCACACCGUGGCCAAUGCCCACUCGGACAUCCAGUUGUUGGCCAUGGCCACCAUGAUGCACGCAGGCUUAGGGGAGGAGGCUGGCAGUGAGGACAAGUGCUUGCUCUUGCCGCCCCGCUUCUCACCACCCCACCGGCAGUGCUCCAGCGAGCCCAACAUCACUGACAGCCCCGAUGAACUGGAGGAGGUGGCAGGGGACAGCCAGGAGGAUGCAGAGCUGAACUGUGCUUCCCUCAGCUGAGCUGCUGCUGCAGGACUUCCGAGCUCCUGCUUUGCAAGGACGAUGAGGACAGCUGACCCCAUAGACCACCCCUCCUGAAGGCAGUGCUGCCUCAUUUCUUUUGGGGUGCAAGCCUGGCCUCAGUGCUGUGUAGGGAAACCCUUAUAAACAUCUUCAUUUGGACCAGCUCUUCACAGUGACACAGACCCAACUGCCUGCAGUGCCCUUUCUGAUCUCCAGCCUUGUCCACAUGACUUGGAUCUUCAUCUCUGGGCCUUUCUUCCUCUGAUACUGGACUGACACCAAUGCUCCAAGGGAUCCAUGCCUGUGCUCCUGGCAUUAAGGUGUCAGGGGUUUGUCUGGAUCACACAUGAAGCCAUCAAGGAUGUGCUGGCCUCUGCAGCUCCCUCUUCAGGCUCCUUUUACACAGAGGCUUAGGAGUACACAGUACUGGAGAAGUUUUGAGUAGAGCGAAAGUCAGUUGUAUUCUCUGCCAUGCAAGGCCCUGGGAGCACACCCUCCUUACUUGAGUUUCCAAAUUACUGGGGUGGCACUGCUCCAUGGUGAGUGUAGGUCCAUCCUUAGCUACAGCCACACAACAUGCUGCCUACAUGAAAGCCUUUGGCUUCUGGCCCAGAACAGCUAGAGACUGGAGUGGUCCCUUCUGUCAUUAAGCCUCAGCGUUUCCCUCGGGCUGACUCCCAAGCUCAAGAAACUAACCUCCUUUGGAGUCACUGGUGCCUUAAACAGACUGCUUUCAUAUUGUGGGUGUGAGGGGCUGGGUGAUAGCAACCAGUUAGUCUGUACCUGGAUUUGACUUGAAUUUUUAAAACAUGUACUGUUUUGAAAAAUUGUUUGCAAAUAUUUGCACAUAGGAAAUUACACUGUUCGUUUUCAGUGGGCUGUGUCUUCAAACUAAAACUCCAGACUGAAAAAGCACACAGACCCCUGGGAAAGGAGAGCAGGGUGGCUCAAAAUAAAGUGAACUAUAGUGGUCAGGGUUUAUGGGCCACAGAGCUCCAGAAGCAGUCAGACUUGAGUCCCAAAUGGUCCUUGUUUGUGGUGGUCAUGGUCUCCAGGAAAAGGAGCAAUGGGUGGGGAGACCGUCUGCCUUGUGAGCAGAUGGAAUGUGUCUGCCUGCAGUCAGGGAGGCAGUGGAGGUGUGGGCAAGAUCUCUUUCAGGGGUGUUGAUUCUCUGUGAUUGCAGCACUGAACCCAGAAAUGUCUGGGAUUUCUAACAUGUCAGGUCUCAAGUGCUAUUUGAGGCAACAGACUGAACUGUGCUGUGUCCUUCGUAUCACUCUCUCCAAAUGUGUAGGCUUUUGAUUCACCUUGAGACCCUGUCCUCCUCUGUCUCUGUCCUUUGGCCCUCCUGGUAGCAGUUCAGGAAAAAGAAGGUUCCCCUUGAUUCUUCUGGUGGCCCGUGGUUGCUUUUCAGGGUCCAGUUUACGGAAGUUUUAUGCAUGAAAUCUCACAAUACUCUCCACAGUGGCUCCCAGUAUGGCAAUAGAGGCCUGGGAGAGGAUGAGGGUCCAUUUAAGCCACCACCAGGAGAUAAGACCUUCCAAGCUUACUGAAACCUUCACAGUGUUUCUCUUUUGAGUGAACAUUUUUU